AUGUCAAUGCUGAAUGAUGAAAAUCUCACGUUGGAUGAAAUAGAUUAUGACAUUUUACCACCAUCACAGGACAAUUUUCAAAGCAACAACUCAUCUGUCAGAUAUCAGCGGCUACUGCAGAAUAGCCACACUCCAAGCGCUGCAAAGGCCCACGACUUGUACCGCAUUUGUCUCCCUCCAGAUAACAACAUAACGAAUCAAAUCACCAAUGAGUUGUUCCAAGUGACUAGAAAUUCGAGAAAUCCACGACGAGAGCAACGACAACAACAACAACAACAACAACAGCAACAGCAAGUUAGUAAAUCAGCUUAUUACCACAAUGUGUGGAAACCAACCCAUGACCUUGAAUUCAACAACUUGGCUCUGACGAGUUUCGAACUAGAUGAUGUUGAUCGCACAAAAGUAUUCCAAGGCAGACUCAAGCGACCGAUUGAAGAGAUUAGUCCCGAGUUGAGGGCAUAUUUCUAUCCAGAUGCCGACGAAGACAAGGAGAAUCUAUUUUUCAGACCGGCAAAGCUACAAAAGACGAAUAGCAAGCAGAGAAGCAUCCCCUUGAUUGAAACAAACAAUUUUCCCAAGCGAAACCCCCUCGAAAAACGAGUGGUCAAGACACCUGUUAGCUCGCCAGAGAGACUUUGUCAACCGCGACACCAGCAUAUAACUCCUUCCAAACCAUCGUUGCAGUACGCGGAAGCAAGAAUCUUUUUAAUCGAGUCGCUGACGGGACUCACCACUGACGCCACGAAGUUUGCUACAGAGUUGAACUCUUCAUGCAGUAGCAACUUGAUAUAUCCCGAUAACGAGAAUGAAGUUAUUCAAAUCCCCACAACGAAGGACAGCGGCAAUAAAACUGCCAUCAUUCGAAUGUUUUGCACGAAAUCGAAUCAAAAAGCUGCAAAUUACUUGAAAUGUGGGUUCUAUUCCGAGAACGAAUUGCAAGUUUAUAAAGAGGAAGCAUGUGCACAAAAAAGUCAGAAUCCAUCUAGCGGCGACAAUCCUGGGGAAUCGUUGCACAAUUCCGGUGUCCAACUUCUUUCCCAAAGCCGGGAAAACCAAGUCUCAUCUAAUAAGAAACAAGUCAGAUGGGCAGAUAAACUAGAAUGGUGA